AUGGUGGGGCAGAUCUGUGUGCAGGAGUGCCUGAAGGGGAUCUCCUGUGGCGCUGCCUGGUCCGGGGAGGUCACAGAGUGCUCCUCCACCCUGAGCACAAGGGGUCCCACCAAGGACAAGGACGAGAUUCAGCACCGUCGCACACAGAACAGCUACGUGGAGCCACAGGUCACUUUCCCAAAAGGGAGUCUCCAAGCCAGAAGCCAUCCCUGCAGCAUUGUCUUCGUGCUGCAAGAGAAGCCCUGGCACACACUUCUGCUCAGAUGGAACCACUGUACCCUCAGCGUCCUUACUCCAUGGAAAGGUGCUUCCCUUCCUCAAGGUAUGCACUCAGCGGGGAGACCUCAUUGUCAAGUUCAGAGUUACGCUGCAGACUGCACAGCACCUCGCCUGCUUCUAGGACCUGCUCUGGUCAGCCCCGGACCCGCCACAGCAGGACCCCGAAUCCUGUGCUCACCCAGGGCUUGUCUGUGGCACUGGAAACUCCUUCCUGUUCCUGAUCUUCUGGGCGAGGGGUGGGCAGGGACAUGUGGCUCGUGCCGAGGUCUAAUACUGUGUUCCCAGCAUGGAAGUAGGUGCCCUGAAGAGGAGUGGGGACACUUCUUGUGGCAUGCAGGAUUCCGUGUAGAAAGCUGUGACUGUCACCCCUCCUUCCCACUCGGUUUUGUGAGUGGACCUUUCCCUGGCCUUUCUUUCCUUGGCCCACUCUUGGCAGGAGAGAGGAGGAGAGGAUCUCACUCCCCUGCACCAGCCACAGCCUCGGUCUGCGGGGUUCCCAGCAGCUGGCCAGGGCCGCUCCACACCUGGUGGUCAAGUAACCAUCCCCUCACUGUGGACAUCUGCACCCUCUCUGGAGUUGGAACAGGAAAGAAAGCCAAGACCUUUAAGUGGACCUUGAGUUGAGACUCAUUUCUGUGGAGUCAGGGGUGAGGAGGAGCCAGGCCUCCUGUGUGCUCUCCAUACCCCAGAGCCGGGUGCCCAGUUCCAUGGGUCCUGAUGGACAGAAGGGAAGAGCAGGGGGACUGCUGCACCGUGGGUGGCAAUGCAGGGGCUGCC